UGUUAUACAACAUACAAAAGAUUGUAAAGAAAAAAAUCGUCAAUGUAAUAUAUGCAAACAAGUUAUUUUUCUUUAUUGGUACCAUGCUAAAAUUUGCAUGAAUCAAAAUUGUCAAGUUCCAUAUUGUACAAGUUUAAAAUUUUUCAUAGAAAAGCAAUGGACAACUAGUUUACAAGCAGAUCGACUUCUUAUGGAAGCUAUGAUGAUGCAACGCGAAACAAAUAUUAUGUUAACACAAACAUAA